GAUCAAAAUAUUUUGUAGAAUCAUAUCUAUAAAACCACAAGUAGACGUAACAAAAUCAUCAGUGAACAACUAAAGUUGCUUAAACUACAACAUCUUUUCUUGUAACAAAACUUCAAAAAACAAAUUAUCAAACAAAAUGCCUUGCCCCUGUGGAACUGGUUGCCAAUGCACUUCUCAAAACCAAGCCGCCAAUUGCAAUUGCAAAAACGCUUGCCCCUGUGGAACUGGUUGCAAAUGCUCUUCCCAAAAAACUGGCAAUUGUGGUUGCGGUAGUUCAUGCAAAUGCGGUUCCAGCCAAUAAAAUAGUUUUGUAGACCAACUAAUAUUUAGUUAAGAUUUUAGUUUAUAUUUUUUACAAUUAAAUGUAAAACCUUAAUUUAAGUAAAAUUCAUUUAUUAGGCGUUGAACUUUUUUUGCAAAAAAAAUUGGAAUAAAAAUUAGUAAAAAAAUUAAAA